AUGGAGGUUCGGAGCAAUUUCAAAGAACUGCCCAUCGAACCCCACGGCAUAAUCUGGGAAAAUGACUUCGUCGACUCCGAACAUGAGCAGCGACUCAUAUCAAUCUUCCAAAAUGAGCUAGAAUGGCCCGAUCGCUCCGGUCGGAUAUCUCUCCACUACGGCUACACUUUCGACUAUAAAACAUUCGGCAUAGACCCGGAGAUCCCCUACAAGGAAUUCCCCGAGUGGCUCCAGCCACUCAUCCCGACUACCGAAGCUCGGCCUCCGGACCAGGUCUGUCUGCAGUACUACCCGCCGGGUGCUGGCAUCCCGCCGCACGUAGAUGCACACGGGCCUUAUGAUCAGCUCUACGCGCUUUCUCUUGGCGCGCCGGCUAUUAUGCAGUUCCGCAAGGGAGAAGAGCGGGUUGAGGUUGAUUUGACUCCGAGGAGCAUGAUGCAGAUGUCUGGUGAUUCAAGACUGCAUUGGACUCACGGUAUUAAGAAGCGCAAGAAUGAUACGCUUCCGGAUGGGACUGUGAGGCCACGCCAGGAUCGAUGGAGUAUCACGUAUCGAUGGCUUAGGGAAGGUGGGGAGUGUGAGUGCGGGAAUAUUCAUCAUUGUGACACCGCUCAGCAGCGGAAUGGAACUGAGAAAGAGAAGAGGUCAUUGAAAGAGCUGGCAGCUAAGGCAAGUGACGAGGACCCUGUCGCCUUGAGCUGA